AUGGGUCAUAUCAUUCCACAGUUAAACGAUGGUACGCUGUUCAUCAACAGGGCAUACGUCAAUGGAGACUGGAUAGAGGCGAAGUCAGGCGAAGAAUUUGAAGUUUAUGACCCUGCGACUGGUAUCUUAAUUGGCACUUGCCCCGAAUUCUCAACUGUAGACGUUGAGAAGGCUAUACUGGCUGCCGUCGAGGCUUUCUCUCUCAAUCGAAAAAUGUUAGCGCGCCAACGAGCGCGCAUAUUGCAUCGUUGGUAUCAACUCAUCAUGGAUAAUGCAGAGGAUCUCGCCACUCUUAUCACAUGGGAGAAUGGAAAACCACUAGCUGAUGCGCGCGACGAGGUAACUUACGCAGCAAGCUUUCUGGAGUGGUUUAGUGAGGAGGCGCCACGAAUCUAUGGGGAUACAAUUCCUUCUAUUAUCCCAGAACAUCGGAUCAUUACCAUAAAAGAGCCUGUAGGAGUAUGCGCUUUGAUCACCCCCUGGAAUUUCCCAGCUGCAAUGAUUACCAGAAAAAUCGCACCUGCUUUAGCAGCAGGUUGUACGGUUAUCUUAAAGCCCCCAGCGGAAACACCGUUCACAGCAAAUGCCCUGGUGGAGUUGGCACACAGAGCUGGUGUUCCAAACGGCUUCAUAAACAUUGUGACAGCAAUGAGCAACACAGCCCACAUUGGCAAGAUGUUAACUACAAAUCCUGAGGUGCACAAGGUUUCAUUUACCGGUUCAACAAAUAUAGGAAAAAUCCUCAUGGAACAAGCAGCCUCUAGCAUUAAAAAGGUGUCUUGGGAACUUGGCGGCAAUGCACCGUUCAUUAUAUUUGAUGAUGUCGAAAAUCUUGACGCAGCUGUCGAUGCAGCUCUCACCGCCAAGUUUCGCAAUUCUGGUCAGACUUGCGUUUGUGCCAACCGAAUUUACAUCCAGUCACGGCAGUAUGAGAAAUUCGCCAAGCGGUUCAGCGACGGAGUCAAGAGGUUCAAGCUUGGCCAUGGGUUUCAUGACGGUGUUACCCAUGGGCCGCUGAUUCACAAACGCGCAGUAGAAAAGGUUGACGAGCAAGUCCGCGAUGCAGUAGCUAAAGGCGCCACGAUAAUGAUUGGGGGUAAAAGAUCCAUUGAACUUGGGCCAAACUUCUAUGAACCCACUGUUUUGACCGGCAUGACGAAAGACAUGCUGCUAGCUUCUGAAGAAACAUUUGGUCCAGUGGCUGGGCUGUUCUCUUUUGAGGCUGAGCAGGAUGUUGUUAAACUCGCUAACUGUGCAGAGGUAGGAUUAGCAGGCUACUUCUUUAGCAGCAGUAUGGCUCGAGUGUUCCGAGUUGCAGAAGCUCUAAAGGUGGGCAUGGUUGGCGUCAAUACUGGAAGAAUAAGUGAAGCAGCAUCACCAUUUGGCGGGGUGAAGCAGAGUGGAUUUGGGCGUGAGGGGAGCAAGUAUGGGAUUGAUGAAUAUGUUACUACCAAAACUAUUACUUUUGGUGGAUUAAAUCCCCUGGAGUAG